AUGAAUUUGAAGAACUUGUUGACGGCUUUGGUGCCGCUUAUGGUAGCUACAGCAGUUGCAGACACCAACGAGGAGGAAGUGUUGACGGUUACUAGGACUCACUUUGUGACCAAUCCUUGUAUUAGCAACCUUGCCAGCAGCCUAUUACCAAAGAACCCCGAGGCUUUGACCACUGGUAUUCCGGUUGUUUUCGUACACGCUCCUAAAGAUGAUAGUAAGAAAAACAAGAUUGAUUUCACUUCCACAAUCACUCGCACAAAUACCCACACCGUGUACAAGUCAGUGGCAUCAAAAUCAAAAGCUGGAGGUGCUGAUAUUGAAACAGGAACAAACAGUGCUGCUCAAUCUAGCUUAGUUACUUCUUAUUCAACAACCACUCACGAAACUUCCACUUGUUCAUCUGGAAAGUGCCAAGUCUUCACAUACACAACUGUAAUUCCGAGCGUUUACACCAUCAGCGGCCAAGCUGUAUCCAACACCGACAGUGUCGCAGGACAAGACUCCAGUAACUCGAAUCUUGCGUCUGUCCCUACCACUUCAGUCAAGGUUGCUGAAACCACCACGACAUCAACUGUAUUCAGUGCCACAGAGUCCCCGGAAAGCACAUAUAGCCCAUCAACCUCAUUGGAGUCCUUGCCUACAACUAGAUCAGCUCCCGUAACGUCUCAAUCAGUUGUGUCAGAGAGCAAAUCAGUCACUAUCGAUCUUUCUUCAAUCUCAGACGAUGUUACAAUUACCAACAAUGCUACUGAAACUUCAACAGUUGCUGCUGCUAACUCCACCACUCUGUUCUCAGGAUCGGCCACAUCAAGCGAACUCGCCUCAUCUAUUUCUAUUCAGCCACUUGAAACCACAUUGUCAACCAUUUUGAUAACUUCCUCUGCUGCUGCUGGACCAUACUUUAACUCAUCCGUGGUGCUGACCUCGUAUUUGACUAGUGCUGUUUCCACCGAAUCUUCCGAAAGUGAAACAUCAAGCUCAGAGAGUCUGUCGGAAUUCUCAUCUUCCGAGUCUUUGACUUCAUCAAGCACAUCAUCAGAACCUGAAAUUGCGGUAGCCACUGAAAAUUGUUAUUCAGGAGAUUUGUUUUCACCAAUAGACACUAGCGCACCACCUUCCGUUUUCCCCAGACAGCAAUUGCCAUUAUCGAUCCCAGCUGGUGUUAAUAAUAAUGGUGUUCCCAUACAGACAAACAAAUUCUAUGCAAAUCUCUUCUUGGGUGACCAGGAUUUAAUGGUUUACACUUAUCCCUAUGGAAUAUAUUGGAGCAAAACAAACUACUAUGGCUUCGGUGUCCAACACACAAACGUAUCCAAUCGAGUCUUUGGCUCACAAAAUACAAAUAACCCAGGAGUAUCUUCAUACUAUUUCAAUCCAACCAAUAAUGGAGAAUUGAUCUUCUCUGCUACCGAGUUUGGACAAAAUUCAGUAUACUUGGCCCUCACUGACAUGACAGAAAUGGCAGCCACAGCUAGAUUAUCAACUACAGCUGGUGAUGACAUAAACUAUCUCGAGAUCCCAAUUGUACAAGGUAUGGGAUUUGUAACAGGGGUCUAUAACGGUGACUUGGUUCCAGAAAUAAAUUCAUUGUAUGGUGUUAGAACUUUGGAAUUGGAACAAUCGGAUGCUUUGCCAUCCACUGUUUUAAAGUAUAGAGCAACCCUAUUCAAUGGGGUUGAAUGGUUGAUCUAUAUAACCUUACCAGCAGAGGAUGCUGAUUUCGAGUUCACAGCCGAAGAUUCGUAUCAUUUGAGGGCAUCAAAGUCUGUUGAUGGUUUGAUCAUUCAAGUGGCUAUUUCACCAGAGACUUCAAAGGACCUGUUUUACGACGCUGCAGCAGGUAUGUACGUCACAGAUGCCACCAUUCAAGGUACUGUUGGUUGCUCUUCUUCAGCAUCAUACCUGUUUGUGUACCAAACAGCAGGUACUUCAUCAAGUGGAAACCCAAUCAUAUUUGCUCUACCACACCACCUUCAAACUUUAACCUCAACAUCUGGUGCCACUGGUAUAACUGUUUCUUCCCAAACAAAGGGAGAAAUGACAGGUUUUCUUACAAAGCAGUUGUCAUUUUCUGAAACUAUUGAUAAAAACAUCCAAUUCUUGCCAUACCUCGAGGGAAGAACGGAAGCUUUGACUUACACCAGCGAGCAAUUGACUCUACUUGCCAGCUCGGCAAAUGAUGAGCUUGCCGUUGACAUCGCCAGUACAGUUGCCAACAUGAACUCAAAUUACUUCUCCGGAAAAGUGAUUGACAAGUAUGCUCAGAUUUUAUUAGUUGUCAGUGAAAUCAUCAAUGACGAGGCUGUGACAAAUGCAACGUUGGCAGAAAUGAAAGAUGCAUUUGAAACUUUCCUCAACAAUCAGCAAUACUAUCCAUUGAUGUAUGACACCAAAUUUGGAGGAGUAACCUCCACCGCAGCUCAAAAUGGGGACGAUGGCGCUGAUUUUGGAAGUGCUUACUACAAUGAUCAUCAUUUCCACUAUGGAUACUUUGUCCACGCAGCAGCAGUCGUGGGAUUCAUUGACAAAAAGUUAGGUGGUACUUGGGCUCAAGAUAACAAGGACUGGGUGAAUUCGCUAGUUAGAGAUGUUGCCAACCCAUCAAGAAGCGAUCUGUACUUCCCAGUAUCGAGAUCAUUUUCUUGGUAUGAUGGUCAUAGUUGGGCAGCUGGAUUGUAUGAAAGUAAUGAUGGUAAAAACCAGGAGUCAAGUUCAGAGGAUAUUCAUUUUGCUUAUGGAAUGAAGUUGUGGGGAAAUGUAAUUGAAGAUUUGGCAAUGGAAGCAAGGGGUGGUUUGAUGUUGUCAAUCAUGAGCCGUGCUUUCAACUUGUAUUUUUACUACAAGUCCGACAAUACUGUGCAGCCACAAGAAAUUCUCCCAAACAAGGUCAGUGGUAUCUUUUUUGAAAAUAAAGUUGAUUACACAACAUAUUUCGGUACCCCCGACCAGCAUCCAGAGUAUGUUCACGGUAUACACAUGUUGCCAAUCACUGCAGCCAGUUCUUCAAUCAGGAUACCGUCUUAUGUCCAAGAAGAAUGGCAAGAUCAAAUCUCCACAUUCAUCGAUAAUGUUGAUAGUGGAUGGACUGGAAUUUUGAGGAUGAAUCAAGCAAUCAUUGACCCCCAGUCUUCAUACGAGUUCUUUAGUUCCGAUAACUGGUCCAACACGUACUUGGAUAAUGGACAGAGUCGUACAUGGGGUUUAGCUUUCGCUGGUGGUGUUUUAUAG